AUGGCAAAAUUUUUGUAUUUUUUUAUUUUUAUCACCCUAAGUAAGUAUUCUUAUAUAAGCCGGCGCAAGAUCAAACAUGAUGUAGUUUAUAAUUUCGUUGUUGUUUAUUUUCAGCUGUACGGGCACAGGAAAACGCAGCUCGAAAUCUCUCGCCGUCUCUUCGAGAGUGUUAUGAUAACAAAUAUCUUUUGGAAAGAGAUAAUAGACUACCGUAUACUUUGAAUACGUUUAUCGCGAUACUUCGCAAGAUUGAAAACACAGAGGGUCUCAAUAUGGAUUUGAGAACUUUGUCCGUUGCACUCUUGCAUCGAGCAGUAACAUUGAGUGAGAAGACAACUUCGUUGGUUCUGAUUCACAGUUUUCGACAAGAUGGUAUAGUCCCGAAUCCCCAAAUCCCCGAUCAAGAUGGGAUAUCACCGUAUUCACCAAGUAGUUUUGAAUUCGUUCGUUUCGCUGAAACUUUACGGCUCAUACCAGGAAAUGCUUUGAUGUUCCCCAAUAACAGCAUCACCGACGUUGAAAGAUGUACGUUGCACUUCAUGUUAUCAAGCAGCGUUGAAAUUUUUCAAAGAGGAGACGAAGCAAAAGUCUGCAGAUUCUCGGAUAAGUACAGAUAUCCGAGAGAUAUCAAGGGCAGGAACAAAGCAGCGACUGAAAGCCCUAUCAACGACGUGGAGACAUUGUCGUCCGACGAGAUAAAAAGUAUGACUCACCGUAAAACCGAAGGUAAACACAUUACGAUUGAUCCGAAUUCGCGAUAUCCAGAAGUACCGCCUAAUCAUCCAGAUAGUGCGCGAAUGAUGGAAUUGCCUCGUAGUAAAUGCCCUAUACAGAACGGCGUUGUGAAAACUUUGUGGGGUACAACUUCUCUUGGUGUGGUGCUGGCUGGUAUAGCUGCGGCCACGCAACCGGAAACAGCCAAACUUCCCGAGUUACUCUCAUCCGACGUUUUAAGAAGGAAUGACACAGAUUUACAGGGACGAACUUUGGAAAAUAAGUGGCUCGCGACUCUAGCAGGAGAUCUGGCGGAAGUAGCUUUAAGGCAAGGCCCUAAAAGCAAAGAUGCCAAGUUCAGCGUUGGAUUAGACGGCAACUGGAACUCCACCGCUUUGCCACGAUGGUAUUUCUUGAAUUCGAAUAACAAUUACGAAAUGACAACGGCGGAAAUCAGAGGGGACUUGGACGGCUUGAUUUUGGCCGACGAGAUUUACAAGUGGUAUUCUGCGAUACCUAGUUUGAGGCUGUCGCAAAUUUUCGACAUGUACUACAGCUCGUUAGGAUUCUUCGACUCGUCCAUCAGAGCGUGCAAUCGGAGAACAAUGUUCACAGCCGUUGCGCCAAACGACACGUUGGUCUCGCAGACGUACAGUGCUUCUAUAGUGUUGGAGGAUCUGGCACACGCAACGCUCGAAUAUCCGGUAUUUGAAAAGUUCUCGGUACAAGCGGUAAACGAAUUAGUGAAAUAUGUGCCCACGUCUAUGAACAACGACCUUUCUUGUGCUGACACGGAUAAAUCGUAUGGUUUCGAUCAAAUAUCUGUCGACUUGACGAUUAUCUUGGACACGAACUGGAAGUACUCUGUGAUAAAACCUAUCCUUGCGAAUUUACUAGAAAGUAUAGACGUUAAUCAAUUUAAUUCCAACUUUACGUUGAUAAAUGGUCAAGAUGGAACACCAAUGAUCAACAGCACUUUCAGCAUUUUGGAUUUCUAUGCUUAUAAUUCAUCUCAUUAUGAAAAUGUUACUCACGGUUUCGAUUUACCAAAGUCGCUUAAAGAAUUGGAAGCACAUUUGAUAAAUAAAUUAAAUACUGAACGUAUUCAUGGUGUGGCUGGUGCACGUUCUAGCAUUGUUUUAAUUGUUCCACAGAUUUCUGAUAUAUCUAAAAACGAUAAAGAUUAUUGUUUGCAAACUAUACAGCGAAUGCGGGAAUACAUUCCAGAUACAAUUAUACUUUUUAUGGCAGUAUCCAAAGAUUCGUGGUCCGAUCUAGUACAGAAUCGCACGACAGAUUUAUUUUCUAUUAGCACCGAAGAUACAGAAGAGAGUUUACGACCUAUAAAUAAUGUAGUUUCAAGAAUAAAGCAAGUUCCCAAGCGUUUAAUCAACUCUCAGUGUGGAUCAGAUUAUGUUCCAUAUGGACGGAUAAAUUCGUAUGAUGAUUACAUUUUACCAAAUGGUACUAAUUUUUACAAGUUGCAUCCCAAUUACUUUUUUAAUCACCAAAAUACAACAAUAGUAAAGAUUCAAAGUUUCGGAUCAGACAGUUUGAUUGUAUGUUCAUCACGAGACGAAAAUGCAAUGGAAACAUCUAAAUCAUGUGCAUCGGUAUCCAAUAACGUACACAGCAUUACAAUUUCCUGUAAUGAUGCCGUUUUUAUUCGCGAUUGCCCGCCACUUUAUAUAUCAGUGACUUCAAACUCCACAAGUACUCCUUACCGUUGUACCGAUCAACGAGUUUGCAGAAUUCCUAGUAUGAUAAAAUAUACUGUAUCCUAUGAAAACCUUGUGUGUACUAGUGGAGCAACUAGACUUGCAUUUAAUUUUUCUAUUUUAAUGAUAGUUUUAGUUUUAUUAAAUAUGCAAUAA